AUGCCGGUCCCCUGCCUUAACAACACUGUAGCUGAGGCGCGGUGGAGCCGGCGUCUUUCAGGUCGCGCGCUGCCGAGGCCAAAGCCGAAAGCCGCGCUCUGGGGUCUCGUCGGCGCAGUGGAGCUGGAGGAGGCGCGGUCGCCGGCGGCGGCUGACGUCGCGGCGCCCGUGUCCGCCUCCGCGGCGCCGACGCCGGGCGCAGACUCGCCGUCCCCCGCCCCCGAGCCGGAGCACCUCGCGCCCGACGCCUCCGCCUCCGCAACGGUGCCUUCUUCUACGUCCUCGUGUUCCGCCUCCGACGAAGAGCGGGGGCGGAGCAGCGACGGAGGCGGCGGCGGCGGCGGCGGCCCCGUCCAGACAGACCCCGCCCUCUGCGCCGCCUCCGACGAUAGCCCCCCGGCGGUGGCCGCCACGCUGGGCCUUCAGGGACUGCUCAGGGUCCGCGCACUCGUGGCAGCGGCGGCCAUCGCCGCGUCGCCCGACCCGCCGGGCGCGGGGGCGGUGACCCCCGAGAGCGGGGGCGGCUCGGGGCCGGCCUCCUCCGCCUCCGCGUCCGCCGCCGCCGCCGCCGCGGUGGCCGCCGCCGGCUGCUGGGGCGGCGAGGAGCGCGCGCGCAUCGCCGAGUACCUGCAGCGCGCCGACACCGCCGUCAUCUUCCCCGAGCCGGUGGCCGAGCCGGGCGCCGAACCCGAGACCGCGGCCGCCCGCGCCGACGCCGAGAGCGCUACCGGUGAGUACCCCACUCUCUGCCUGCCGGUCUGCGCGUCAGCGUUCUCUACCAGCCGCAGCGUCAUUAGCAGCUGUGGUCGCCUGCCAGGAGCAGCAGUGGAGUAUACUACUACAGUGCGGAAUAAAAGACUCAGGUUUCCAGAUUGA